AUGUCAGUGAUUGUCUUUUACGCACCAACUAAUGAAGAGACGGCUGAGAUCAAAGAUCUCUUUUAUGGCGCACUAAGAGACUCGUUUCGUUUCACCAGGCCCACCGACCUCAUCAUUUGCCUGGGCAACUUUAACGCGGUAACGGGUGUUGACCGCCGUAUGCCUUCGGUAGUUGACCCCUUUGGUAACGUAUCACCAAACGACAACUCUGAUCAUUUCCUGGAAUUCUGUGCCUCCGCGGAACUUAGGGCAAUCUUUCUGGGCGAUCCGCCACCCUCGUCUGUCUCUGUGCUGGGUAAUGACGUACAGAUUGUGGAUCCAUUUCAUAUCUCGGCUCCUAAAUACACUCCGUGUAUGAGGUCCCUGGAUUGUAGUAUAUGGCACUCGGGCAUUUCGGGGACAACAAAAGUUCGAUUGUAUAACCCUUACCCCGUGCUGGCCUAUGGAUGCGAGGCCUGGUCAACUACUAGCGCUCAUUUGAAGAGGCUAGACGCUACAGAUCACUGCGCAGGACCUACCGCGAUCACGUCACCAAUGUUGAGUUCCAUAGAGAAUCAUUACCGGGCUUUAAAAACUGUCAUAGACCGACCACCACCGGACUGGACUCGACAGCGCGGCAGUCUGUGA